UAAUCAAAAUAAUGAUAUUCUCACUCAUCCCAAUCAUAAUCACAGUCAUAGUCAUAAGUCUCGUAAGGAUGGUAUCUGGAAUACAAACAAUAAUGAGGAACGUCAAAGGAUAAGAGAAUUUUGGUUACAAUUAGGCGAAGAAGAAAGGAGAAGUUUGGUAAAAGUGGAAAAAGAGGCCGUACUGAAAAAAAUGAAAGAACAACAAAAGCAUUCUUGUUCAUGUUCUAAUCCAGCAUCGUUUUCACCUUGUACACCACCACCAGAUGAACAAAAAUCUAAUCGAUCUUCGAUAAGAUACUCUCAUAUACCAACUGGUUCAACCAGUGGUGGUGACAGUACUGGUAACGGUGGAGGAAUUGGAGGAAUUGGAACAAGUAGUAAAAGUGCAGGAGGUAAAGGAAUUAGUGGUGUUACAAAUCCUUUCGCAGGAAUCUAUAGAACAACUGAACAAAUACCAGAAGAUACAAUAAGAGUAAAUAAAUAUGAAACUUCAAUGCCAAUAAGGGUGGAUAUUGAAGCAGCAUUAACAUAUGUCUUGGGUUGUGUUACAGGUGUAUUUUUCCUGAUUUUUGAACAUAAAAAUGAUUAUGUUAGGUUUCAUGCAUGGCAG